GAAGGUCGGUGAGUCGCUGUGGAGUUCGUCUCCGCACGUGUGACCGCGCUGGGAUGGAUUCUUCCUCUUCCUCCGCGGCGGGUUUGGGCUCGGUAGACCCGCAGCUGCAGCAUUUCAUUGAGGUGGAGACUCAGAAGCAGCGCUUCCAGCAGCUGGUGCACCAGAUGACGGAACUUUGUUGGGAAAAGUGCAUGGACAAGCCUGGGCCAAAGUUGGACAGUCGGGCUGAGGCCUGUUUUGUGAACUGCGUUGAGCGCUUCAUUGACACAAGCCAAUUCAUCUUGAAUCGACUGGAACAGACGCAGAAAUCCAAGCCAGUCUUCUCAGAAAGCCUUUCUGACUGACCUCAGCAUUACCUCUUUGGAAAAGGAAGGUAGUUCAAGAGAUGAAGAGCGGUUGAUGGGAUAGUUGAAGAAAAGGCUAUGGGGGAAUUGGCCCCCACCUUUGUCACUCUUGGGACAUCCUGUCAUCUGAGAAUGAACAAAGACCAAUUUUUGAUGUGGGGGAUUUGAGGGUCAGAUGUAUUUGGGGUUGUGUUUUUUUAAUGCUAAUCUUGUGAAAACAAUUGACAGGUGAAUGAAAAACUCUACUAGAUGCAUAUUACUGUUUGUGGGAUGAUGCUUUUCUUGUAGUCCCAUUAACUGCUUCCUAUAAUUUUAAUAGUGGAAUUGCUGUAUAAUUUGAUACUGGGACCAGAUAGAUAAUAAUCUGUUAUUUGUGUGGAUUCAUUUCAGAUUUUGGGGGAGAUCAGUAUACAUCUUUGUGUCUCUCAGAAAUGGCAGCAGUAGGGGAAGAGUAAUUUGGUACUCAACUGUAGGCCUCCUUAUCUAGUGUUUAAUUAUCAGUGCUGGAAAAAAUAUAUUUCAACUUUCUAGAUUCUCUGUCUCCCUUAUACCAUGAUUCACUUAAAUAUCUAUAUGACAUAUGAUCUCGAGCUAGUACAGGUUGCCUGAGAGUCUAGAGGCCUUUAGUUAAAGGAAUCUAGCCA